UUUAUGAAAAUUCAUAAUUCUUUUAUUAAUUAAACAAGAAGCUUUAAACAAUAAAAAAAAAAGCACAUUAUCAAUUAUAUAAGUAAAUAUCUAUUCAAAAUUUGUAUAAAAAGGUAAAUGAAAGGAUUAAUUGUAGCUUUGUUAGUUAUCUCCUUAGUCGCUUGCGAUUAAAAUCCAAUAUUUUUGAAUGAAACCUAUUACUCUGGUUAUAUCGAUGUCACUAAAAAGAGUAAUUUGUUUUACAUUCUGUUUGAGUCACGUUCUGACCCUUCUACUGAUCCUUUAGUCUUGUGGCUUAAUGGUGGCCCUGGAUGCUCUUCUCUUCUUGGUUUAUUUGAAGAAAACGGCCCAUACAAAAUCAACAACGACUCUACCUUGAGAUCCAACCCCUUCUCUUGGAACUCUAACGCUAAUUUACUCUAUGUUGAUUAACCCGUUGGUACUGGUUUCAGUAAUGCUAGUCUUGGAGAUCUUGCUAAAACUGAAGAAGCAGUGAGAAACGAUUUUUACUCAUUCUUAACCUAAUUCUUUGACAAAUAUCCUCAAUAUGCUGGAAGAAAAUUCUACAUUAGUGGUGAAUCUUAUGCAGGAUAAUACAUCCCUGCUAUAUCCAGCAAAAUUUUAGAAGAAAAUAAUCCUAAAAUUAACUUAUAGGGUAUCGCUAUUGGUAAUGGAUGGGUUGACCCUUAAUAUCAAUAACCUGCUUAUGCUGAUUAUGCCUUUGCAAAGAACUUAAUCACUGAAAAGAAAUACAAGAGUGUUCUUUCAUAAUUCAAUACUUGUGCUUCUCUCAUAAAAAAUAAUGCUCCCUUCGUUUUAACAAGUCUUUCUUGCAAUCCUCCCUACCUAGAAAUAGUUGGAAAUCCACCUAAAUUCAACGUUUACGAUGUCCGUAUUCCCUGUUAAGGAAGUGGAUGCUAUUAAGCAGAAGACGAAAAGAUUGAAAAGUUUACUCAAAGACCUGAUGUUUAAUAACUUUUAAAUUUAAAGGGUAAGAAGUGGGUUCCUUGCUCUAAUAAAGUAGGUGAAGCUCUUAAUCAUUUAGCAUAAAGAUCAUCCACCAAAUAACUUAUUGAAACAAUUUCUAGUAAAAUCAAAGUUUUGAUCUACAGUGGUGAUGAAGAUUUCUAAUGCAACUACUUAGGUGCAGAAAAAUGGGCUUAUAAUCUUAAAUGGUAAGGUUAGUCUUAAUUCUAGUAAACCGAAUACAGCAACUGGAGUAUCUAAGGUUAGAGCUUAGGUAAAGUUAAGACUGUAGAUAACUUCAAUUUCUUAAUUAUUUAUGGUGCUGGCCAUUAAGUUCCUAUGGAUCAACCUGAAAGUGCUUUAAUUAUGAUAAAUCAAUUCAUUUAAGGAUCUUUCAAUUAAAAGCAAUCUACUUACUGACAUAAAAAAAUUAUUCAAUCAAAAUAUCAUCAAAUCACUGCUGAUAAAUAAUGUUUUUAAAUUAAAAUAUAUAAAUAAUAAAUUAUUUAUUAUAUUUAUUUGUAUAACAAAAAUAUCAUAUAAUAAAUUAGCUUUUAAAUAUCUUAAUUAAAAACCUUUUAUUUUAUGUGAUUAAAUAUUUAUUUUUACAUUUUAAAUAAUUUAAAUUUUC